CCCGGACGGGGCCCUGUAGCACUCUGCUCCAGUGUCCCCAGGAGCAGGGGUCUUGCUCUGGUAGCACAGGUAGAAGAGGACCUGGGGAAAUGCCUGGAGGGAUCGGUGGCUGGGGGAGACGCAAAGGGGCCGAGCACCCGACUCAGACACCGCCGCUCACAGUACGAUCUCUGGGCCAUCUCCAAGGCCUGCGGGAACGACGUGGCCAUGAGGCUGGCGCAUAGCCACAACACCAUGGAGGUGGCGAGGGAGAAGCUGCGCAAGUACGUCUUCGACCGCGUGAACGCGCACAACGUGCUGAUCCACCUGGUGCGGCGACGCGGGCAGAAGCUGGAGAGCAUGCAGCUGGAACUGGACAGCCUGCGGAGCAAGCCGGACGCCACCAAGCAGGAGAUGCGGCAGCUGCAGAUCAUCCGCCAGCUGGAGAACAACAUUGAAAAGACAAUGGUCAAGAUCACCACCAGCCAGAACAUCCACCUGCUGUACCUGGACCUGCUGGACUACUUGAAGAAGGUGCUGGCGGGAUACCCCACAGAGCUGGACAAGCUACAGAACCUGGUGGUCGACUACUGCUCCGAGCUGUCCGAUAUGACUGUCAUGUCCCAAGAUGCCAUAAUGAUUACGGAUGAAGUUAAGAAAAACACGAGACAAGAGGAGGCAACCUUCAUUGCAAAGCGCAGGGCGCGGGAGGAUCGGCUCAACCAGCAGAAGAAACUCAUUGACAAGAUCCACACCAAGGAGACCAGUGAGAAGUACCUGCCGGGUGGCCAGAGGGACUUGGACUUCCCCUCCAAUCUGAUGAAUACUGAAACCACAAGGGUGAAGAAAAGAGCCCCUUCUGUAGUGGAUAUGGAAUACCAGACGAAAGUGACUGCCUUGGUGGAGAAGGUCAAGUCCACUGUGCAGUGCUCUCACAUCUGGGACAUUGCUGGCCGCUUCCUAGCUCAGAAGAACACAGAGGAGAACCUGGAGCUGCAGAUGGACGACUGUGAGGGGCAGCGAACACAGCUGGAGGCCCUGAUGAAGAAGCUGGAGCUUGAGCAGGCACUACUCAAGUUCCACCAUACGCCCAGCUCUGUCAGUUUUAAGUCCAUCGAAAAGAAGAUGAAGAACAUGCUGAAAGAGGAAGAAACAAGGCUCCAGCUGGCCCACAGAAACCUGACCAAGAGCCAGCAGCUGCUGCUGACCAUCCAGAUGGGCAUCGACAAUCUCUAUGUACGACUCGUUGGCAUCACCUUGCCAGCCACCCAGGAAGAAGCUGCACUGCCUGACAUCCCCGAUAUGUACAGCAAGCUGGCAUACUGUGAGGGGAAGCUCACUUACCUGGCUGACCACAUGCAGAUGCUGUCCCUGACUGAGGAGAUCAACACGGAGGUGAGGGACACCCUGGAGUCAUCCACUCUGAAGGAGAGAUAUAACACUAGGAUCAGCUUUGAGGACCUAGAGGACGACAUGAUCGAAACCUUCCAGUUUGCCGACGUGGACCAGAGCUAUGUCCCGUCGCGGGACGAGAUCAAGAAGCAGGGCCAGCAGCUGAUCGAGGGGAAGCUCAAGGGGUCAAAGAAGAAGAAGAAGUAACCACGCUCGCGCUUUGUUACACGAAUAAACAUUUUUACAGGACUACGGGGCGAGAGGAGACCCGGAGGCAGAGG